CGCCAUGCUGAGCUCGUCACUUUCCCGGUGCGGCCGCCGCCAACUCCUCCUCCUCCCUCCGCGCCGCAGCGAACUCCUGCGCCGCCCCUGGGAGGAGUUAGCCUCCCUGGGAGGAAGAGGAAGAAGCAGGAGCACUGCAGCUGUGGGCCGCGGGCUCGGGGACGCUGCGGAAGGAAAGGGCUCGCAUUAGAGACCACUGGGUUGUCCGGAACACUCAGUCUCCCCAGCGCCAUGGCAAACGCACGACCCUUUUGCCUCGCCUGCAUUCAGCUUCCCAAUUCCUGAAACUGCACAGGCUUUGGGCGCUCGGUGCUGCCGAGAAGGAACGGGGAGCAGCUCUCAGCAGUGGCCUCCCUCCAGCUAGCCUAGGGGAUGCUGCUGUUUAUUCAGCUGGGAGGCGGCCACCAGGGCCUUCCUUCUGGCUUAUCAGCGCUGCGCCCUGCUCCGGGCUUGCUCUGCUCCUCGGGCACGCCACGCUCCACUCAGCGCCCCAUAAAUCAGCGGGGCAGGGAAGAAGCUGCGCGGGACCGCAGCAGCGGAGCAGGUUUCCGCACCCUCCGCGGGCAAAGGCCACUGCUGGCGGCCUUGCUUCCCAGUUUCCAGAGUUUUGAGGCUGGCAUCCAGGAGGCUUUCGGGGAGCACCGUUCUCGCUGGCUGCUAGUGCUAAUAAGAGUAGCUCUACGGCAGCCACAAUCACGAGUUCUGCUAGUGGCGGCCCCUUCGUCAUCCGGCUACAUCUACAGACGCUGUCCAUCGAGGCGCCCACCGAGCCGUCAUGCAACGCUUGGCGGCGACAUCCCCCUUUCUGAUCCGUGGUGGUCGCUAGGCCUGGGGUUUCCUCUUCCCGCCCUUGGCCUGAUGCAGGUGUGCUUACCUGUAGGCUCUCCCCACCAUCUUCUUAGGUGUGCUUACCUGUAGGCUCUCCCCACCAUUUGGAAACCUACGUGAUGCACAAGCAUCUUAUCUGCUGAAAAGCAUUGUUUUUUGUGACAUGUUUAAACAUGUGCAGAGGCAUAUCGAGGGUCCUUUGCGCCCUUGAUAAGGGGCUGUAUCAGCACACACAUCCGGGGCGGGGAUCACUUUGUUACAAUAACCACAACCUCAACCACAUUAAAAAUUGUCAUUUUACGCAACCAAACUACUUAGAGCAUCUGGAGUGAGGGUGAGGUGACGAAGAAGGGCAAAAAAGGUGUGUUUUUGUGCAAUGGUGCAAGAAGGAUGGGAAGCUUCUCCCAUGUUUAAUCUUACUGCAGUGCAUCAAUAUGUGCAUAUACAUCACAUACUCCAUAGUGAUUUUGGGGACUCCCAGGGCCUGUGCUCCCUGCAAGGGUCCCUGCAAAUAGGAGUGGAACCACAUCAACCAACACUCAUCCUACUGAGUCACAUCCGAGGAGGAUACCACGACUGAUGGCAUCAAAAGCCACUGAGAAUUCAAGGAGAAUGAAAAGAUUAACAUUCCCCUGUCCCUCUAGCAAUAACAAUCCAUCAGUCAGGGCAAGCAAGGCUGCUUCAGUCCCAAACACCAGCCGGAACCCAGAUUGGCAAAGGUGCAGAAGUUGCUGGACUAGAGUUACCAUAAUCCCUGACUAUUGGCCAUGCUGCUGAGGCUGCCAGGAGAUGUAGUCCAACAACAUCUAGGAACUCAAGCUUGGGAAAGGCUGGUCUAGGUAACUGCUUCCCCCAAGAACAUCUGGAACACUGUCACUACGUCCCUCUUGAGCCCCAUGCCAAAAAGGGGAUAUUAGCAACUGGCUGGUAGUUGUUACAUAAAUUUGGAUCCAAUGUGCCCUUAUGGAGCGGUCGCACUACCACUGCUUUCAGGAUGCAAUGAGGCAUUCACCAGAUAUUGAAUCUGCUUGGUCAGGACUAGACAGUGCGCUUAUUAAGAACUGUAUUAUACAUAGUAUCCUAUUCAGCACAGAGAUGAGGGAUUUGUCCCUGCAGGUACUGUAUCUUGAGUGUUCCAAUAUCCUGUUGAUCAAGGCUGAUGAUAAAAAAAACCUCACCACUGGAAUAAUUCUGCUAGAUGGCUACCAAUGGGGGAGGGGAGAAAUAACAGCAAAUACUUUUUACAAGAGAGGCUCCCUAAAUGCCAUAGUAAUCAUUAUGUAAAAAAAGUGAGACAAACCCUUUGAAAAAUGUGAGCCAUAUUUGUGGCUGAUAAUCUUCAUAGGUCAAUUUUUUCUCUUGCUUUAAUUGAAGAUGGUUACUGAGUUAAUGUUAUUGUUAUCCCAAACUAACCACAAAUGCCAGUUUUUUGUCAUUAGCCUCUGCAUUUUUACUGGUUGGAAUAGGUCUUAAAUCAUGCAUUUACAGGUGCAUUUGCCCUUUUCAUCCUGAUACUAAUACUGUAGUGAAAAGCAAACCUGAUUAAAGAAGUCCAGUCCCUUCCCCUAGUCUGCCCUAUUGUGAUAAUCCAGCAUUACUCACCCAGCACUUGAAUUGCUGUAUGGGAAACACAACCUCUGUAUACUCUUUUCUGUUCCUUUCAUAGCUAACGUUGAAACUGAGCUUAUAAGGGCUGAAUAACGAAUUGUGCUUGCUUUUCAUAUAGGGCGUUGCUUUGCUUAGAGAUCACUCUUGUUUCAAAAGUACUACUCUACUCUGUUCUAAUUUUCCAGAGUCGGUAAUCUUCUUCCAGGUUCUUAUUGAUGUAGUCACUAAUAGGAUUGUUGGUAUUAAUUUGGAAAUAAUGCCAGCUCCAUGCUUGGUGGCUAUUGGCAGAAGAGGUGACAUUGCAGGUCAGCUAAGCAGCACUAGAAACGCUUUGAUCUAAUCUAUACCAAGCCAGAGCUGGCUAUUCUAACAAGAGAGGCUGGUGAGGUCUCUUUCUCUAUGGGAUGCUGAUUCUCUUCCAGAGAGCACUGAGGACAGCAUGGCAGUGGCUUUGGAUGCAAUGCUGGCUCGGGUCAAGGAUGUUUGUAAAAGAAAUGGUUUGCUCAUUCUCUCCGUGUUAUCCGUCAUAGUGGGAUGUCUACUUGGGUUCUUCCUCAGGACCAGACGCCUCUCUCAGCAGGAAAUAAGCUAUUUCCAGUUUCCUGGGGAGUUACUGAUGAGAAUGUUGAAAAUGUUGAUUCUACCACUGGUUGUGUCAAGCUUAAUGUCUGGGCUAGCAGCCCUCGAUGCGAAGACAUCUAGUCGAUUAGGCAUCAUAACAGUCACAUACUAUCUUUGGACCACUUUUGUGGCUGUUAUUGUGGGAAUCAUUAUGGUCUCCAUUAUCCAUCCUGGUGGGGCAGCCCAGAAGGAGAACACGGAGGAAAGUGGGAAGCCAAUCAUGAGCUCUGCAGAUGCCUUGCUGGACUUAAUUCGGAACAUGUUCCCUGCCAACCUUGUUGAGGCCACUUUUAAACAGUACCGAACCAAAAGCACCCCGAUUGUGAAAGCCAAUAAAGCAGCACCUGAAAGCACCACACGCCGAAUCAUUAUUUAUGGGGUUCAGGAUGAAAACGGAUCCAACAUCCAGAAUUUUGCCUUGGACAUCACACCACCACCUGAAGUUAUCUACAAGUCAGAACCAGGCACCAGCGACGGCAUGAACGUGUUGGGGAUUGUAAUCUUCUCUGCUACCAUGGGAAUAAUGUUGGGGAGGAUGGGCAACAGUGGCGUUCCCUUGGUUAGCUUUUGCCAGUGCUUAAAUGAAUCUGUCAUGAAGAUAGUGGCUGUUUCCGUAUGGUAUUUUCCAUUUGGAAUAGUGUUCCUUAUUGCUGGUAAGAUCUUGGAAAUGGAUGAUCCAUCAGCCAUCGGGAAGAAGCUAGGCUUUUAUGCUAUUACUGUGGUUUGUGGCCUGGUGGUACAUGGACUUUUUAUUCUGCCAAUGACAUACUUCUUCAUCACCAAGAAGAACCCCAUUGUUUUCAUCAGAGGGAUUCUUCAAGCCUUGCUUAUUGCUCUGGCCACAUCAUCCAGCUCAGCCACUCUGCCUAUAACCUUCAAGUGCUUGUUAGAGAAUAACCAUGUAGACAGGAGGAUUGCCCGAUUUGUACUCCCAGUGGGGGCGACAAUCAAUAUGGAUGGGACCGCCCUUUAUGAAGCAGUAGCAGCUAUUUUUAUCGCUCAAGUAAACAAUUAUGAGCUGGACUUUGGACAGAUCAUCACCAUAAGUAUCACAGCAACUGCUGCAAGCAUUGGUGCAGCUGGAAUCCCGCAAGCUGGCCUUGUGACUAUGGUUAUCGUUCUUACAUCAGUGGGGCUUCCUACAGAUGAUAUCACUCUAAUCAUUGCAGUCGACUGGGCCUUAGACAGAUUCCGAACAAUGAUCAAUGUGCUGGGGGAUGCUCUGGCUGCUGGAAUCAUGGCUCACAUCUGCAGAAAAGAAUUCACCAAGGAUGGGUCUGAGGUGCCUUUGAUCUGUGAAACAAAACCCAUCAGUAUCCACCAGAUCAUGGCUUACCAGAGAAAUGGCUGUGUGAAGAACAUGAAUGAGCCUCAUGGACCUGAACCAUCAAAGACAUUCCAGCAUCAAAUACCUGUUCAAGUGGAGCAAGAAGAAAACCCGACAGAAACUCAUACAGAGAAAUGCAGCAGUAAGGACCACUGCACUAUUGAAAUCAAUGAACUGGAGACAAAUGUGUAACUGUUAUUCUGGAGGUAUUUGAAACCUAAUGACUACCUCACAGCUGGAAUUGGGAGACAGCCUUUUGCCUUGAAUGGGAAAACAUGGAAUGACUGCCAUGUGCGAACUACGGCUAUGAGGCCAGCUGUGAACAUCUGUGAAGAAGAAGAAAGAAGGCUUCAAUGAGUAGGGGGGUUUUUUAGUAGCUUGGUUGGUUUUUGGUACAAAGGAACUGAUCAGUGGACAACUUUGGUUUCCUCUAGGCAUCUUUAUAUGACUCUGCUUAUGAUGCUCUUUAAAAGAACUCUGACCCCUUUAAAAUGAUUCAUAAGAACUAACUAUCUCACCCUCCUCCUAAUCAUGAAGAUAACAUCAAUAUUCACAAUUCCUUUAUUUCAUUGAACAGCUUCAAAAUUAACAUUUGCCUCAAACAGUAAAACCUUUGCAUUCAAUUAACAGGGCAACAAAUCAAAAAGACAUUUAUCUUAGCGAAAGGCCAAAGAAUAAUAUUUCCCAUUUGAAAUGGGACGUCAUUACAGUAUUAUAUACAAAAUUAAAUAUCACAUAGCAACAUCAACUCAUGGAGACUUCCCUCUCCUCCAAAGAUCAUAAUCUCUGCAAGGAGGUCAUAAGCAUGUGCUUUCAUUUUCAGCCAACUGCUGAUUGUCAUUAUAUACAAUCCCUGACAAACUGUGGUUAGGAUUUGCUAUGGUUUACUGAAAGAGCUCAACUUUAAACCAUGGUUAUUGAUCCUGGCUUAUUUCAAUAAAUGAUAGGAAUGCUAACCACAGUUCCUGGUUGGGACAUAAAAACAAUCCACGGUUAAUUUAAAAUGGAGGGGGAUGCUUCCCAUCUCCUCCUUGUAGCAUGCCAGAAGAGGAAAGAGAAGACUCAUAUCACUCAUGUGUAUCAUAUGAAACAGUGGUUCAGUGGUUUAUGUGAAUCACGCCAGUAAGUUAUUAUGUAGCAAACCACUCUGAAUUGCAAUUUAACUCUCCAUGCUAUCCAUUAUUCUGUUGAAAUAUUAGUCUCUCUGUACUCAGGUUGACUCACUAUUCUGUGAGAGGAAUUCAAGCACUCUAGAUUUGUGCAGUUAAAGUGGUUUAAAGACCCACUUCACAUCAAAUCCAUUUUUUUAAAAAAAAGAAUCAGACCCUUUGCAGUUCGGAAACUGACAGACAGUGUGAGACAGAAAUGUAUUGAAAAGUGAGGGACGAACAAAUGACUAACUGGAAGAUGUAUAAAUACCACGACAGCAAAUCAGGAUGAAUGCAGGACUGAUACUCAUUGUUGUAUAACUGCCCUGCAAAUAAAACAGAAUGAAUACUCAAUAAAGGUCAGUUAUAUUCUAACCUCUGCAUAAGCUUUGUGCAAGCAAACACAAUAAACUGGUUUUCU